UUUUAUUUUGUUUUUAUACACGGACAGAGAGACAGUGCAGUUACUUCCGGAAAGAAAUGGCAUCUUUGGAUAGGGUGAAAGUGUUGGUUUUGGGAGAUUCCGGAGUAGGGAAGUCCUCUCUUGUACAUUUACUCUGCCAGAAUCAAGUUUUGGGGAAUCCGUCAUGGACUGUGGGCUGCUCAGUGGACGUCAGGGUUCAUGACUACAGAGAAGGCACUCCAGAAGAGAAGACAUACUACAUUGAACUCUGGGACGUUGGGGGAUCUGUUGGCAGUGCCAGCAGUGUUAAAAGCACCAGAGCUGUGUUUUACAAUUCUGUAAAUGGCAUUAUUUUAGUUCAUGAUUUGACCAAUAAGAAAUCCUCUCAGAAUCUGUACCCCUGGUCACUGGAGGCACUGAGCAAAGACUCAUCUCCGACUGGCAUCAUUGUAUCAAAUGGGGAUUAUGACAGAGAACAGUUUGCAGAGAACUCCGUUCCCCUUCUGAUAAUUGGCACCAAAUUUGAUCAGAUCCCGGAAAACAAGCGGAAUGAUGUCCUGACUCGCACUGCCUUUAUAUCUGAAGACUUUAAUGCGGAAGAGAUCAAUUUGGAUUGUACAAAUCCACGGUAUCUUGCUGCUGGAUCAUCAAAUGCUGUUAAACUGAGCCGAUUCUUUGACAAGGUAAUAGAGAAGAGAUACUUCACAAGAGACCCUAGCCAGAUGCAGAGUUUCACCGACAGGAGGCGCUUUAAUUUCAAAAGUCUGCACAAUGAUUGAGGUAACACAUACUUUGGGUUGGUGGGUUUAGAAUAAGCAUAUGAAUAAUCUUCUGUCAUCAUGUUCCUUUGCAGAGACCUAUCAGUUGAAGGGUUGUUUUUGAAUGUUUUUUUUUUACAUUAACAUCCAGCUUGCCAUGACAGAAGGAUUUAUGUGAAUUGAUCAUCACCUGUAUUCUGAGAUAUUUGUAAGUAAAAGUUAAUGUAAACAGUUUCUCUGUUUAUAGUAUCAUUUCAGAAGAUUUUUUAAUUAAAAUAACCAGUUCUGCUUAAUCUUUAGGAUUAGUUACCAGUCAUCUGAAGGAAGAAAUUAAUAUUAUCACAGAUUUACUUUUUUUUUUAUCUUUGUAAAUUAUAAAUUAUUCACAAUUCUUUGCUAUAUUAGCAAGUUAAUAAUAACAUUAUAUUAAUAGUUAAUAUUAUGCAUGUACAGAACUAUUUACUUGAGACAUCAACAAUAAAUA